CAUGAAACUGGCAGAACAAGGAACCAAGAGUGUUCCUCUUUGACAAGCUUUGCUGUUUUGCGUAAGAUGUGGGGCCACUACUUCCUGCCCCUUGGUUUUCCCAGGUCUGACAAGACACAGGUCCUGAGUUCUUACCAGUACAAUGACACAGAUGAUGUUUUCGCCAGAGAACCAUUUGUGGCCCAGUUUACUCUUCCUAGCAAAAUCCUUCCAAAUGUGGUUCUGGUUCCACUCCACACUACUCCCAAGGAUGUAGAGAAGGAGCUGAAUGCCCUAUAUGAUGUGUUUCUGGAUGUCUCCCAACGCUGGCAAAAUGAGGAUGUGAUCCUGCUUGGAGACUUCAAUGCUGACUGUGCAUCACUGACUAAAAAGCGUCUCAACAGCCUGCUACUGCGCACUAAAGCAGGCUUCCAUUGGGUGAUUUCUGAUGGGGAGGACACUACAGUGAGAGCCAGCACCAACUGUACCUAUGACCGAAUUGUGAUGCAUGGGCAGGGCUGUCAGACACUGCUGAAGGCUGCAGCCCCCUUCAACUUCCCCAGGAGCUUUCAGCUGACUGAGGAAGAGGCUCUCAGAAUCAGUGACCAUUAUCCUGUGGAGGUGGAGCUGAGCCAGGCAGCUCAAGGCAUCAAACCCUUCAUGUUGGGCUAUUCUGCUGCUGCUGUCACUUUUGCCAUCUCAGCUGGGCUAGGUGGCUUGACACUUCCUUUCAGAUGACCUCUGACUUGACUAGGACACUGACAUGGAGUUAAAGCACGGCCUCAAAUACAGCUUUUUCUUCUGUUUUUAUGUAGGCUUUCUGCUGCUUGCUAUUUCAAGAGGAAGAAAGGGCUGGCAGUGUUUUUACCUAGUAUAUCCAAUGCCCUGGGGUUGGUUCCUUUUUGAAAUAGGACUUGUCACUAUAUACAACUCUAACUUAGGUAGUCAGGUGCACAAAGGAGGUUCCAGGACUAAGAAUGGGCUAAGAACUCUAUGCCUAAAAGAUUUAUGCAACUGACAUCAAGAGCCAGAUAGGAAGACUAAGUGUCCUAGAAACCUUAUAGAAAAUGAGCUCAUGAGCUGGGCGGUGGUGGUGCACACCUUUAAUCCCAGCACUCAGGAGGCAGGCUGAUCUCUGUGAGUUCGAGGCCAGCCUGGUCUACAAAAGCUAGUUCCAGGACAGGCUCCAAAACCAGAGAAACCCUGUCUCGAAAAACCGA